AGGCGGAGGACACAGCGGUGUCUGUCCUUACAGUGCACUGAAAAGAAGAAAAUAAUGCUCCACAAUUUGUCAGGGUUAUUAAAGGUUUAAAUGGCUAUUUCUGAAUGGCAUAGAAUAGCUGCUGCUGACAUAAGGAAUAUCAGAGGUAAACUUUUCAAACUGAGGAGUGGGCUCACUAUGGGACGCCUGAGCACCACCAAUGCUAAGUGAUUUCCGUGACUAGUUGGAUGUUUCUGACUGUCAAAAGUAAACCUCCGUCUUCACUGCAGAAAAACGAUCUCCAUUUCUGAGUGGGGAAGAAAGGAAAAGGAGUUUGUUAUUGGGCUGUGCUGUCUGCCUUCGAGAAUGAGGAAAUAUAAGGACUCAGUCGACAAAGACGACAAAAAAUCUGCUUCCUAUUCUUUUCCUGAUGCACUGGAUGUCAUUGGACAUGUUGAAGGUCUUCCCUUUGAAGCUUCCUUCCACUCUGGUGUGUACUUCCUUGAAGAGGAGGAACAGACAAGUCAGAAAGAACAGAAGUACCACGCUAGCUUGCAUCUUUUUAAACCCUUCAGAUUAACUCACAAACAUCAGCACCCAGUAGACAAUGCAGGACUCUUCUCCUUCAUGACUUUCAACUGGAUGUCUUCCAUGGCCUGGAAAGCCUAUAGGAAAGGCUCAUUAGAGAUGUGUGAUAUCUGGGGUCUAUCCUGCCACGAUGCCACAAAGAUUAACUGUCAGAGGUUUGAGCUUCUGUGGAAUAAAGAGGUGAACAAGAAAGGAAAAGAAGGAGCCUCGCUGACUCGUGUGAUAUGGCGUUUCUGUAGAACUCGGUUUCUGAUUGCCAUAUUUUCCUUGAUGUUGUGUACAGUUGCUGGCUUUAUCAAUUCGGCUGUUGUGAUCCGUAGUUUGCUGGAAUAUUCUCAAAGGUCUGAAUCGCAUCUCCUAUAUGGCCUCUUUCUGGCUGCUUCAGUAUGUCUAGUGGAGCUAACACGUUCUUUGUCUUUCACUCUCAUGUGGGCUCUCAAUUAUCGUACUGGGACACGAUUAAAAGGAGCUUUACUAAUGUCUGCCUAUAAGAAAAUCAUGAAAAUGCGUAACACCAGAGACAUCAGUGUUGGAGAGCUUGUGAAUAUGUGUGUGAAUGACGGCCAACGCCUCUAUGACUUUGCCACGAUGGGAAUCCAACUUGCUGGUGGGCCUCUUGUUGUCAUCAUAGGUCUCAUCUACACUUCAUUAUUCCUGGGGCCAUCUGCCCUGCUGGGUACAGCCAUCUUUAUCUUCGUCUAUCCACUUUUGAUGGCUGUGACCAAGGUGACAGCCCAUUAUCGCAAGAAGUGUGUGACUGUCACAGAUAGUCGAGUUCGGCUAAUGAAUGAAAUCCUCAGCUGUAUCAAGUUCCUUAAGAUGUACUCCUGGGAAAUUCCAUUUGCUCACAACUUGCAAAAAAUUCGUGUUAAAGAACGAGGCAUCCUGGAAAAUGCAGGCUUCAUUCAUAGCAUCACAGUAGGUGUGGCCCCUAUCAUUGUUGUGAUGGCAAGUGUUAGCACCUUCAUUCUCCAUAUGUGCUUGGACUUCGAUCUGAAUGCCUCGCAGGCAUUCACAGUUUUCACUGUUUUCAACUCCAUGUCCUUUGCACUCCGAAUUGCCCCCUCAGCAGCAAGGGCUGUCUCUGAAGGUUCUGUGGCUAUUAGCAGGUUUCAGAAGUUAUUGCUGAUGCCAGAACAGCAGGCUAUCGCAGGCAAAACGAAAGAUGAUGAAAAUGUUGUUGAAUUCCACAAAGUAACACUGAUUUGGGGUUUGCUACCAGAAAGACAAUCGCACCAGGGAUUUGUAAACGAAAAAUGGAAGCAUGAAAACAUCAAUGACAUUGAGAUGUCACAGAAGAAACAGAGGCUUGCAUUGUGUAUACAAGCAACUCACGAAAAUGAAGCAAUGAAGGAGGAAAGUAAACCAAACACAGCAGCCAGCACUGAAAUGGACAACACCCUGAUUACAACAGCCUUCGACAUGCAGCAUUAUUUUCUGCUGAACACAACACUGAAUAAUGUUAGCUUUUGCCUAAAAAAGGGUAAAUUAGUUGGAGUCUGUGGAGCAGUUGGAAGUGGGAAGAGCUCGUUACUUUCUGCAAUCCUGGGGCAGAUGACCCUAAUUGAAGGAACACUUGCAGUAAAUGAAAGGGUAUCUUAUGUAGCCCAGCAGCCAUGGAUUCUAAAUGAAACUCUCAAAGACAAUAUCCUGUUUGGAGAAGAUUUUAAUGAAGAGAGGUAUAAUGCUGUUUUAGCGAGCUGCUGUUUGAUUCCUGACAUUGAUAACUUACCCCAUGGGGACAUGACAGAGGUUGGAGAACGUGGAGCAAACCUCAGUGGUGGCCAGCGCCAGCGGGUCAGCCUGGCUAGAGCAGUGUACAGCAGCCAAAGUCUGUUGCUUCUUGAUGAUCCCCUCAGUGCUGUAGACAUUCAUGUUGGGGCACAACUGUUUUACAAUGUUAUCCGUGCUGCUACCAAGGAAAAGACAGUACUGUUUGUAACCCAUCAGAUUGAGUAUCUAGUGGAUUGUGAUGAAGUCAUAUUCAUGAAAGAAGGCCGCAUUGCAGAGCAAGGAAAUCACAUGGACCUGAUGAGCCAUCAAAGGGAAUAUGCUGCACUUUUUCAUAAUAUGCAACAAAAGGACUUGAUCCAGAAAGCCAAGCAAAACAUGAAGCAGAAAACAAAGAAGGUGGAUGACCAUGUGUUAAGUAGUAUGACGUCAACCAAAAUCUUGCUAAAGCAUAAUCAAGCAGAUCAUCUAAUGAAAGAUGAAGACAAAGGGAAAGGAGCAGUGCCAUUUUCUGUGUACAAAGCAUACAUUCAGGCAGCAGGGGGUUACUUGGUUUUCAUCUUGAAUGUCAUUGUGUUCCUGAUGACUACGGGAAGCAUUGUUUUUAGUACCUGGUGGCUGAGCUACUGGAUCAAGCAGGGUGGUGGAAAUGCAUCUAUCAGUAUGGAAAAUGGAACUUUGAAGAACAACAACAUGAGAGAAAAUCCAGAGAAGAAUUUUUAUAUCAUUGUCUAUGCCCUAUCUUUGGGUGCCAUCAUCCUGCUUAAAACACUUCGAGGCUUUGUUUUCAUAAAGAGUACCCUGAAGGCCACCUCCAGACUACACGAUUUACUCUUUGAAAAGAUACUCCACAGUCCAAUGAGUUUUUUUGAAACAACUCCACUUGGGCGCAUUCUCAACAGGUUCUCUAAGGACAUGGAUGAAGUGGAUGUGAAGCUGGCUAUGCAGGCCGAGUUACUUCUUCAGAAUAUCAGUCUUCUUGUGUUUUUCCUUGGAACAAUCAGUGCUGUCUUUCCAUGGUUCCUUGUGUCCUUGGUACCAGUUGGCAUUUUCCUUUACCCUAUUAAUAAAAUAUUCAGAGUGAUGAUCCGAGAAGUUAAACGACUGGAUAACAUCAGCUUGUCUCCUUUAGUCUCUCUUGUAACUUGUAGUCUACAAGGACUCGACACUAUUAAAGCUUAUGGAAAAGAGAAGGAAUUCCAGGACAGGUACCAGGACCUACUGGACUCUAAUAUGGCAGCUCACUACCUGUUCUCCUGUGGAAUGCGCUGGCUUGCUUUACGCAUGGACCUCAUUAGCAUAUUCAUCAUUACCCUGGUUUCCAUAUUCAUCAUUGUCAUGCAUGGACAGAUACCACCCUCUUAUGCAGGGCUGGCCAUUUCAUAUGCUGUACAGUUGACAGGACUGUUUCAGUUCACUGUGCGUCUGCUUGCUGAGACAGAAGCAAGAUUUACAUCAGUAGAGAGGAUCAACCAUUACAUAAAGAACCUCAAUUCAGAAGCCCAAGGACAAAUCCCAGACUCUGUUCCUGCCAGUAACUGGCCCAAUGAAGGAGCAAUUCAGUUUCAGGAUGUAGGAGUGCAAUACCGUCAAAAUUUACCACUUGUCCUCAACAAAGUGACAUUAAAUAUUUUACCAGAGGAAAAAAUUGGGAUCGUAGGGCGGACUGGCUCAGGUAAAUCUUCUCUUGGCACGGCCCUUUUUCGGUUAGUUGAGCUUUCUAAUGGCUCCAUCACUAUAGAUGGAAUCAAUAUUGCACAGGUUAGUCUUGAAGAACUCAGAAGGAAAUUGUCAGUAAUUCCUCAGGAGCCAGUGAUGUUCAUUGGGACCAUUAGAUCAAAUUUAGACCCUUGGAGUCAAUGCACAGAUGCACAGAUCUGGGAUGCACUUGAGAAGGCGCACAUGAAGGAGAAUGUUGCAAACCUACCUCAGAUGCUGGAGUCAAAAGUAUUAGAGAAUGGGGAGAACUUCUCAGUGGGGGAGCGUCAGCUGUUGUGCCUUUCAAGAGCACUGCUCCGGCAAAGCAAGAUUGUACUGUUGGAUGAAGCUACAGCUGCAGUGGACCUGGAGACAGACAAGCUCAUUCAAGAAACAAUCCAUAAUUCUUUUAGUAAAUGCACAACUCUGAUCAUCACACACAGACUGAACACAGUUAUGAACUGCGAUCGCAUUUUGGUGUUACAUCAAGGGGAGGUUCUUGAAUUCGAUACCCCCUCUGCUCUCCUAUCUAAUGAAAACUCACAUUUCCGAGCCAUAUUAGUUGCUGCCGAAGGACAGGAUUGACCAAGAUGGAUUGCACAGCCUCAUUCCUGAAACUUUAGAUUUAGUAGCUACAUCUGUUUAAAAGAUGAACUAUAAGCUCUCUAAACAUGGUCUGCACUACAAGGAAUUGAUAAAUUCCGCUAAUUAAGGGUUUGUCUCAACAUAAACAGAAUGCAGAAUAAAAAUUCAGGUAGAUCAUCUCAGGUAAUUGUGGAAAGGGGCCUAAAAUGUAACUGGAAAGUCAUUAAAAGUGGACUUUUAGGUAUUUAAGUUUCUGUAACAAGCGCAAAAGUAAGAUGGGGUGCUAAAUCAAAAUGGGGGGGGAGAAACAUUCUACAUAAAUGAGCCAAAUAAAGCACCUGUGGUUGACAAUGUGCCCAUGCUGGCUGCCUCAUAGUCACCAACUGCUCUCCUGCAUGUCCUUUAGGGACUAGAGAGCUUAACAAAAUGGAGAAAUUCUAUUACUAAUCCAGUUGCACUGAAGCAAGUCACUCAUUUAGUAGGAUAACAUCAUGUUUCUAAAUACAAGGGCAGGCAAUGCAGAAUAAAACACAAAAUUUGCACACAAAACACAAAAUAGGAUGAGUUUUCCAGAAAGUUUGACAGUGGGGGAGAGAAGAGCAGGAUGACAAUUGUCUCAUUUAUUUAUUUUUUUACUGUGGAAAAGAAACGUGGAUCUAAACGUGACAACUGCAAUCACUAAAGGAAGAGCCACAGAGAAAGGGGUCUUUUGUUCAUCUUUUUAUUUGAAGAUUUUGGACAUGAACCUUCUGUCUGGGCUGAUAUUAAUGGAAAUCUCAUGAUUACACAGUAAUCUGAAUAGUUUUUUCAUAGGAGCACUUUUGACAUUUGCACUAAAUUCUGCUCUGUAUGUCAUGAAUUGAAACUCAUAGAUCACAUUGAAUGUGUUCCUUAGCCAUUACGGGUAAAACAGUGGUCAGUAAGAAUAAAGAAAAUAUGAACUGGAUAGUUUGGUUACCUGAGGCAAGUGGAUUAUGAUUUUAAAAAGAUUCACUUAAAAUUGCACUAUGCUUUGAGUUGUUUUUGACUAACAAGCGUUUUUGGGCAAGGGUCGCAUUACUGUCUACGCUAGAAGGUGGGCUUUGCCAGUGCACUGCAUGCCCCUACAGGUCCCCAUUUCCAUUGUAAAGUCCAUGUGUGUUUGUGUGUAUAAAUGGGUCCUUCGAUGGGGUGCCAUCCUGCCUGUUCUGUUUUGAUGCCAGGAAAAAGCCAAGCUGCCCAUCAUUCUGCAGUGAAGAGAAAGGGUUUAGAGAACGGAUUCAUAACAGCUUUACAGGUAACAUCUAAGUGGAAUCACAUAGCUUUCUGUGUCUAACAGGUCACUUGAACCAAAGACUACCGAGAGCAUCACAGUGUCUUCCAUCUAGCCUGCUUGGUCUGCUUAUUCUCGGUGAUCGAAGCAUUUUGCACAAACCUUCCCUUAUUUUGUGGACUCGGGUGUUUCAAUGUAUGCUGCUAUAGACAAUGUGUCAAGGAAUAAAAAAGUUAAAACAAAUUGACAUUAAAGGUGCUGAUUUUUGAAUCACAUCUGCUGACUAUAAAUGCUGUACAUUUUUCUUAAAAAAAAUGAUUUUUCAGCUGUUCACUUUAAAGUUGUAUACUGAACAGAGUUUGAGGAUGCCAUUCCUUCUAUUGCACUGAUAAAAGGACUUUACGUUUCUUAAUUUUUUUUUUGGACUAUUUUGUUGUUUUAGCAUUUUACUUUAAAAACGUGCUACCUGGUUCAGGGAUUUUUACUAUUGUUAUUUUGUUACGAAUAUUUAUUCAUUAGCAUGCACCUCUGAACCACUAUGGGGAUUUCUAUAUACAGUUACAUUUAGCAUAUUUAUUUUCUAGUUUACCCACUCAUUAAAAUAAUCACAAUUAUUGUUGUAGGACAUUUUUCAAGCAAAUGCUCCACAUGAGUGUGUGCCAGUUCUUCACGAUUUAAUACAAUUAAAAUGGCGGAAUCCUACAGUUCUGUAGAGAACAUUAUUAUUAGUGCCAAUAUCUCAUUGAGAUGAGAUGAGAUUGAGGGUCUUAAAAGGAAAUUUGAAAAGAAAAAUUGUUCCACGUGAAUAUUGUUUGAAAAAAAUAUUUAAACAAAGAACUGGGCUGACGUGGGAGUUUUGCAAAUGAUGCACUGUGAAUGCUUUUUCUUCUUCUUCUUCUUACGGCUGCUUAAUUUUCUAAAAGUAAACUACAGAAUAUACAGCUCCCUCCAUAAUAUUUAGGACAAAGGCACAUUUCUUCUUGAUUUACCCCUCUGCUUUACAGUUUAAAAUUACAAAUCAAAAACUUCAGACAUCAUAAUUAGAGUGCACAUUGCAGACUUUGUCCCAGACAUUAUGGAGGGCACUGCAUGUAUAUUGCAGCAGGUUAUUUAAUGAUAAGUAACAACUUCAGUUUUAAACGUCAGAGGUGCACAAACUUCAGACGCUCAGCACAAUUCCAGAAUUAUACAAAGACCAGUACACAACUCCAGAAAGUCAUUUUGACCCAAAAAUCGGAGCCCACUUUGUAAUUUAGAAAACACGCCAUGGAAUGGAUGUAAUGAUUGGACUUUCCAGAGUGUUUCACUGGGUUUCAUUUCUGAAUGAGGGCAGAGGAUAACUGAACAGGCUUAAAAAUCUGUUACAUAUAUAUGUAUUAUAAAUUAAGAAGUGCCAAACAGGCCAUGUAUCUAACUAAAUAUAUCUAUGCGGUAUGACAUUAGCAUUUUACAUUCAUGUGCUUACUAAUACAACAGCACAGAAUGCAGCGGCCGACUGACUAUUUACACCAUGUAUGCUGUCCAAGAGGCCACAAAUCAAAUGAACGAGUAACACAAGCACUGCUAUUAAACUGAAUACGAUUGUUGAUUUUGCACAAUUAUUUUCUUUAAAGCAGUAUUUUAAGAAACUGUCCUUUGAGAUUAGAGAUAUUCUCUAUGAACCAAAAUAUAAAAAUUAUGCAAAAUGAUACUAUUUUGUGUAAGUAUGUGUGAUGGGGGAUUAAAAAUAUGUAACAUGGCUUACUUCAAUAAAAUAUAAUUUGCGUAAUAAA